AACCUCUCUUUUUGAAGAGGAAGAAGCUAUAUAUUUUCGAAAAAUAUUUCCAAUUUUUCAAAUGUUUAAUAUAUUAUAAUGCCAGUGGGACCGAAUUUAUCAGAAACUCCAAGAUGUGCUAGGAUACGAAAAUUUAGCGAAACCUUUAUUUACAUUCUAUUGUUAUUUUUUAUUUACCCGAUUUCUUUAGACCAAGAAGAGUACCUUUUCGAGAGAUAUUUACAGAGUUUUAAUAAGUCGUACGAAAAUGAUACAAUUUAUCACAAGAGAUUUGAAGCUUUUAAGGAAUCUUUAAAACGCAUUAAAAAUUUAAAUUCUCUCAGAUCAAAUGCAUCUGCCACAUAUGGACUGACUAAAUACUCCGACAUGUUUCCAGAAGAAUUUUCAAAGUCGCAGCUCGUUUUAAGACAACCCUUUAAAAAAAUUAAGAAUUUGAAACAAAACGUUCCAAGAUCAAAACGUUUUAUAAAUACAACGAGCUUUAACUUACCUCAAAAAGUCGACAUAAGAAAGAAAAGAGCCGUUUCUGAUAUUCAAGCUCAAGGCUCGUGUGGAGCUUGCUGGGCUUUUGCUGUGGUAGGAAUUAUUGAGUCCAUGAAUGCCUUAAAGACGGGUAACCUAACCAAACUAAGUGUUCAACAAAUGAUAGACUGUUCCGAUUAUGACUAUGGAUGUAAGGGAGGAGAUAUUUGUACAUUACUAGACUGGAUAACUACUUUUGAUAUUAAAAUAUUGACAGAAGAUACAUACCCACUCUCUUUAGCAAGUGAAACGUGUAAAAGAACUAGUAAAUAUGGUUCUGGGGGUGUGAAAAUCGAAGGAUUUAACUGUGAGAGCUUUGUCGGCAACGAGUUUGUAAUGCUGUACAUUUUAGCCAAUUUUGGUACUCUGGCGGUUGGAAUCAACGCUGAAAGUUGGCAACACUACAUAGGCGGUAUCAUUCAAUUCCACUGUGACAGUUCCGCCACAUCUUUGAACCAUGCCGUUCAAAUCGUAGGAUACGAUUUGACAGGUCCUAUUCCGCAUUACAUUAUUAGAAACUCUUGGGGCAAAGAUUUUGGUCAUGAUGGAUAUUUAUAUGUGGCUAUCGGGAAUAAUUUAUGCGGUCUAGCUCACGAGGUAGCUUCUGUUCAAGUACUGUGAUUGUAAUUUUUAUUGUUGAAGAUGAUAUUUGUCGUUAUAAUACUCCAACCAGUUAUAAGAUUUAAAAUGUUUGUAAAUAAUAAAAAUUUGUUAUAUUGUUA